AUGGAGUCGGUGACUUCAAACUAUUAUUACAGUACAGAAGAUUACCCAGUUGAAGAAAAUGACACAGAUGAAGAGCUUUGCAUCCUCGACGCUAACCCCGUGGAUGUCAUCACCCAAACUUACAUCCAUUCCAUCAUCUGUGCCUUUGGCCUGACUGGCAACGCUCUUGUAAUCGUCACCUACAUAUUCUACAAAAGAACCAAGACGAUGACAGAUGUCUAUCUCUUUAAUGUGGCUGUGGCAGACCUGAUCUUUGUGGUAGCUCUGCCAUUUAUCAUAUACAACGAGCAGCACGGUUGGUUAAUGGGUGCUGUGGCUUGCAAAAUGCUGAGGUCCGCCUAUAGUAUCAAUCUCUACAGUGGCAUGGCCCUGCUUGCGUGCGUCAGUGCCGACCGUUAUGUAGCUAUAGUUCAAGCUAGAAGAUCCUUCGGUGCUCGAUCACGCACUCUGAUCUACAGCCGCCUCAUCUGCUCAGUUGUUUGGGUAGUUGCAGUGGCUUUAACUCUGCCCACUCUCAUCUACUCUGAUUGCUUUGAAGAGGAAACUCUGGGGGCUGAGACUGUCACUGUGAUGUGUGAGCUGUCAUUCAGGAAGAACGAAACUGCAAAGGUAAUGAAGGUGCUGGUUCCCAGCCUUCAAAUGGCCAUUGGUUUCCUGCUGCCUCUGUUGGUGAUGGUGUUCUGCUACUCCAGCAUCGUGCGCACUUUGCUGAGAGCACACAGCAGCCAGAGGCACAAGGCCAUCCGUGUGGUUUUCGCAGUUGUUGUGGUUUUCAUCAUGUGCCACCUCCCCUACAACGUGGCUCUGCUGAACCACACUCUGUCUCUUUUUAAGCAGAGGAGCUGUGAGGCUGAAAAGAUUAAACUUCAAGUUCUGGCCAUUUCCAGGAGCAUAGCCUACCUCCACUGCUGUCUUAAUCCCCUCCUCUAUGCCUUCAUUGGUGUGAAGUUCAGGAGCCACUUCCAGCAAAUACUUUUGGACCUCUGGUGUUUUAGCAAAAAGUACAUCUACAGUGCUCACACUUCACGCGGGACAUCUGAAAUUUGCAUUUCAGACCGCGUGUCUCCACAUGGCCCCAAAUCAUCAUCUUUCAGUGCAUGA